CGACUUUCGAUAUCGAAUCCUUCAUGAUUUUCGAUAGUAGUGACAGUUCAUACCUUAAAGAGGAAUAAAUGGUCAGCAGGUUCAACUCAACUGGUGCUUGUCGCUGGUGACCUUGGAUCGUCCGUGACGCUAUCCCAAAGCAUCAAAUCUCCGUGAACCUCAUUUCCACAAGAGUUGUUUUGUAUUGACUAUUGCCUACGGAAUACAGUAUACAUAUCUUUGUAACUGUGCUGUCAUCCAUUUAUUAGUCGAUUCGUCUCAUGUCCUCCUGCUCUAGAACUCGCUCUUGUCGCAUAUCUUGAAUCAUGGAUAAGUUCCUGAACAAGGCUCGAGGGAAGAUCACCGAACAGUUAAAUAAACAUAUACCAGGGGACGGGCAACCCUUCUUUCGGCCAGAUCAGGAGGGUUCAGCUGCUGGUCAGACAGCCAUAUCCACUUCCUGCAACCCUCUCCAACCUCCGACCGCUGAAGAUUGCUUUCGUUAUCGAUAUCAAUAUGGAACCAAUCUCGGCUCCAUCUUCGUCCUUGAGAAAUGGCUUUCCGGCUCCAUGUUUCCCGAAGGCGCCGAAGGGACUGCAGAGCUAGCCGCCGCAACAGCUCAAUUGAAGCAAAAAGGGUUGUCCGGUGCUGUUCAGGCGUUUGAAAAUCACUGGAGGACUGCACUGAUAGACGAGGAUCUGGACUGGUUGGCCAACGUGGCACAUUGCGCAACGAUCCGUCUACCGAUCGGAUUCUGGGAUCUAGGACCCGAGUUUUGCAAAGGCACACCCUUUGCAAACGUUGCGCAGGUCUACACCAGCGCUUGGGCAUUUAUCAAGAAUACUGUUGCUCGCUGCCAUGAGAGCGGCAUCGGUGUGUUGAUCGACGUCCAUGGACUUCCAGGCGGAGCCAACGAGAAUGAGCACUCGGGAACGAAUAGCGGGAAAGCGGAGCUCUGGGGAAAUCGGGCGUACCUAGAAUUGUCAAUCCGCUGCUUUGAGUUCAUUGCCACGGAGGUUCGAAACGGUAUGCGAGGCGUCAUUGGUCUCCAGCUGUGUAACGAAGCGGAGCGAAACAUCCCGGGGAUGUACAAGUGGUAUGACCGCUGCCUCCAAGCAGUCCAAAGGAUUGAUGCGACGAUGCCGAUCUACAUCUCUGAUGCAUGGGAUUUACCUCCUUGUAUCGAAUACUGCAAGAGGAAAAACGUUGCUGCGGCCCUAAACUCGAAUCCCGUGUUCAUCGAUACGCAUCUCUACUGGGCUUUUCAUGAUCCUGGAAGUCCUCAGCACGCUAUACAAGACGUGUCGAACAAGCUCAGGGCGCUAGACGGUAAAGAUGGGAAUGUUAUCGAUGGUGGGGCUGUUCAAGCAUUUGUGGGCGAGUACAGCUGUGUCCUCAAUGAAGAUACAUGGAGUAAGUCUGGGGGUGAGACUAGGGAACAUCUUGAGACCGGAUUCGGUCGAGCACAGGUGCAUCGAUACGUGGAGCGGUCAGGUGGAUGCACAUUUUGGACCUAUAAAAUGGACUGGAUGCAAUGGGCCGGAGGCUGGGGAUUCCGCUCACAAACUGACGCCGGGAACAUCUCGUGUCCAGCGAAUCUUAAACUAUCCCAUGAUGACGUUCAUUCUCGCCUAUCCCGCGCUUUAGUAGACCGCAACGGAAAGCUUGAAUCCGCCUUCAAUUCCCACGUCACCUACUGGAGCCAGACAUCGCCCGGCCAAGCCUUUGAACACUGGCGCUAUCGCAUUGGCUACGAGCAUGGGUUUGAUGACCUCACAGUGUUCUUUGGUAUGCGCGCCAAUGGACAGAUCCCGUCGAGGGGUCCUCCGACUGGUGGAGAUUUAAUCGGGUGUCUGGACAUGUGGGUGUUGAAGCGGAUCAGAGAUACAGGAACCGCAGGGCCAUUUGCUUGGUUAUAUGAGCAAGGGUUUCGAAAGGGAUAUGAGGAUUGUCGCCAGUCGCUAGGAGUGUAAUAGAUUUCACUGUGGGGCGGUAUCUGAUUUUUGAAACGAGAACCUGUAUGGUUGGAAAGCAUCUCCAUGCUCUCCCUGUAGGAUAUGGAGAUGCUAGUAUGAUGCUACCUUUCGUGUCCCAUACGAUCACUCUGUUUGCGAGCUCAGAUGCCCUAGGAAUUCACCUCC